GGAAGGUGACAACUUCUUCCCGCGAAGCAAACCACUGAUGUUGUGUUAUCGCUUCACAGAAAGAAUAGGAAUCCCAAGAAAGCACCACCUUCCUGACCAGCUUCUCUCUUCCUGUUUCCUGUACCUUCUUUUCACCAAAUCCAACAAUUUCAAUCUCCCACGAUCCUUCCAGCAAUUUCACCUACAAAUCUAGCCACUUUCCCUCUCCUAUAUAAACCACCCUCUCCCCAAGUACUUCAUGCCAUCACACAAAGGACCCUGGUUGGAUAAACUGGUGAACUCAAGUGGGUUCGAGCUAUUCUCGACAAUGGCGUCGCGGAACGGUCUUGUGUUUGAGGACUUCUUCCCGGUAAUGGUGGAGAAGCUUGGGGUGGACGGGUUCAUGAAGGAGCUGGGCAACGGCUUCAAUCUGCUGAGGGACAGCGACAAGGGCGUGAUCACCUUCGAGAGCUUGAAGAAGAACUCGGCGCUGCUGGGGCUGGAAGGGAUGCGGGACGACGAGCUGAGGUCGAUGCUGCGAGAGGGUGACCUGGACGGUGACGGGGCAUUGAACGAGAAGGAGUUCUGCGUGCUCAUGUUCAGGUUGAGCCCCGAGUUGAUGAAGGACUCGGAGGAGCUUUUGGAGGAGGCCGUCGUCGAAAAUUAUUAGUAGGUCUGGUAUUUGUUGAUUUGUGAGAUUGGAUGUCUGGGCUUUUUGAGCUGAUUGAGGUGUAAUGUUCGUCGACUCUUUUGGAAUGCUAUUGGUCGUUUGCUA